ACACCGGGGAAGAAAACCUUGAGGAGUUCUUGCUUCAACAGUGUUUGAACGGAACUUCUUCUUUCGUCCCUCUUGUUUUUUCCUUUGCCUUCCGGACACGAAAAACCUUCUCUUUUUUUAUCUGAACACUACUGACAAAGUCGCCUUAAAGCUUUAUUUUUGUACCGUUUUGUUAAGAAAAAGCCCAAGAAACGCCAGCCAAAAUGGAGUCCCAAGUGCGUCAGAACUACCACCGCGACUGCGAAGCCGCUAUCAACAGGAUGGUCAACAUGGAGCUGUUCGCCUCCUACACCUACACUUCAAUGGCCUUUUACUUCUCCCGUGACGACGUGGCCCUUCCGGGCUUCAGCCACUUCUUCAAGGAGAACAGCGACGAGGAGAGGGAGCAUGCCCAGAAGCUGCUGUCCUUCCAGAACAAGAGAGGAGGACGCAUCUUCCUCCAGGAUGUCAAGAAACCGGAGCGCGAUGAGUGGGGCAGCGGGCUGGAGGCCAUGCAGUGCGCCCUGCAGCUGGAGAAGAACGUCAACCAGGCUCUGCUGGACUUGCACAAGCUGGCCUCUGAACACGUGGACCCUCAUCUGUGUGACUUCUUGGAGAGCCACUACCUGAACGAGCAGGUGGAGGCCAUCAAGAAGCUGGGCGACUACAUUUCCAACCUCACCCGCAUGGACGCCCACACCAACAAGAUGGCAGAGUACCUGUUUGACAAGCACACUCUGGGGGGCAAGAGCUAAACGCUCCCCUCCGAGGAUGGAGCCUGGGAUGAAAUCUAAUAACGAAGCACAGGCUUUAAAGUUAACACACCUUCCAGCUGUUCAUUCACUGAGCAUACUUUUAAUAUCUUUGACCUAUGAAGUUGAUAAGUUCUCGUCUGUCCUGGUGGCGUCACUGUUUCUAUGUCUAAUUGAAGGAUGAGUAUCAGGCGAUUUACCUGUAAACCCCUUUGACAUUUAACAAUCGUGACUGUUUCUGAUCUGUUCUUAAUCUGAAUAAACAUUAUGAGCUGG